AUGGUGAAGGAGCAGGUGAAGGAUGCUUCCAAAUACACAAGUGGCGGUGCAGUGCCUCUGCUGCUGAUGACACUGUGCUGGUGCGGCCAGCACGGGUCGCUGUGGGCGUGCCCGCACCACUGCAUCUGCUACACCUCGCCCAGCACGGUCAGCUGCCAGGCGCACAACUUCCUGGCGGUGCCCGAGGGCAUCCCCGAGGGCAGCGAGCGCGUCUUCCUGCAGAACAACAAGAUCCAGCGGCUGCUGCGCGGCCACUUCGGGCCCUCCGCCGUCACGCUCUGGCUCUACUCCAACAACGUCUCCUACAUCCAGCCCAGCACCUUCACGGGCCUGGCCCGCCUGGAGGAGCUGGACCUGGGGGACAACCGGCACCUGCGCUCCCUGGCCGUGGACACCUUCCGCGGGCUGGGCCGCUUGCACGCGCUGCACCUGUACGCUUGCGGACUCAUACACCUGCCCUCCGGGAUCUUCCAGGGCUUACACAACCUGCAGUACCUCCACUUACAGAAUAACGAGCUGGAGUUCCUGGAGGACGACCUGUUCAUCGACCUGCUGAACCUCAGCCACCUCUUCCUGCACGGCAACCGGCUGUGGAGCCUGCACCAGAACACCUUCCGCGGCCUGGGCGCACUGGACCGCCUCCUGCUCCACCAGAACCGGCUGCAGUGGGUGGACCGGCUGGCCUUCCACGACCUGCGGCGCCUCACCACCCUCUACCUGUUCAACAACUCGCUGACGGAGCUGCCCGCCGAGAGCCUGGCGCUGCUGCCCGCCCUGGAGUACCUGCGGCUCAACGCCAACCCGUGGGAGUGCGACUGCAAGGCGCUGCCGCUCUGGGACUGGCUGCAGAGGUUCCGCGGCUCGGCGUCGGACGCCGUGUGCGUGGCGCCGCCCGAGCAGAGCGGGAAGGACCUGCGGAGCAUGAAGAAGGAGGAGCUGCCCCGGUGUGGCGUUGGUGGAGGUGGAGGAGGAGGAGGAGGAGGAGGUGGUGGAGGGUUUGGGGUGGAGUCCCUCAGUCAGGGGAUGGAUGGAGAUGGUGGUGGUGUUGGGGGGGGCAGGAGACGGCACCACGGCGACCAGCAGCGUCACCACCAGCUCCAGCACCAGAACCCCCACCUGCCCCAUCAGGACCAGCACGCCGUGCCCCUCCCCUCGCCGCUCCCCCGGCCCCCCUCCUCCUCCUCCACCACCACCAAGGCGGCCCGCAGCCCGCGGAACUGCACCCGGCGUGGUGGCGGUGGGGGUCGGAAGUCCAAGGCCCAGAAUGAGGUCACCUCGGCCAAGGAGGAGGCCUGGGGUAAGGACGGCUACGAGGGCAAUCAGAGGCAAGGGGGCAAGUACCACCACGCCUCCACCCCCGCAACAGGGUUAGGGGGGGCUCCCUCUCGCCGCAAGAACAGGUGCCACCCCCGGACUUCCGUGGGACCCCCUAGCGGGGUGCAGCAGCAGCCCAACCGAGGGCUCACUGUUUGUGGGAUCAUGUACGUGUCUCGCAGCGCUCAGCCUUCAGUGUAG